GCGGCUGCGCACGUGAGACGUGAGGACCACCGGGCGGCGCGAGCUGGGAGAGGCCCGGCCAGCUGUGGCCACCCGGUCACGUGGUGCGGAGGAGGCCCGUUGCUAGGCAGCGGCGGCAGGAUCUGGGCUGGAUCCUGACGUGAUGGAUCAGUACUACAUCCUGGGCCACAUUGGCGAGGGCGCGCACGGCGUAGUCUUCAAGGCCAAGCACGUGGAGACUGGAGAGAUCGUGGCCUUGAAGAAGGUGGCCCUGCGCCGGCUGGAGGAUGGCAUCCCCAACCAGGCACUGCGGGAGAUCAAGGCCCUGCAGGAGAUUGAGGACAACCAGUAUGUGGUCCAGCUGAAGGCUGUGUUCCCGCACGGUGCGGGAUUUGUGCUGGCCUUUGAGUUCAUGCUGUCGGACCUUGCUGAGGUGGUGCGCCAUGCGCAAAGGCCACUGGCCCAAGCUCAGGUCAAGAGCUAUAUGCAGAUGUUGCUCAAGGGUGUCGCUUUCUGUCAUGCCAACAACAUAGUGCAUCGGGUGUGUACCAGCUCUGACCAGGAUCUGAAACCUGCCAACCUGCUCAUCAGUGCCUCAGGCCAGCUCAAGAUCGCAGACUUUGGCUUGGCCCGUGUCUUUUCCCCAGAUGGCGGCCGUCUCUACACACACCAAGUGGCCACCAGGUGGUACCGAGCCCCAGAGCUGCUGUAUGGUGCCCGCCAGUAUGACCAGGGUGUGGACCUUUGGGCCGUGGGCUGCAUCCUAGGGGAGCUGUUGAAUGGAUCCCCCCUCUUCCCAGGGGAGAACGACAUCGAACAGCUUUGCUGUGUGCUUCGCAUCCUGGGCACCCCCAGCCCUCAAGUCUGGCCGGAGAUCACAGAGCUGCCCGACUACAACAAGAUCUCCUUCAAGGAGCAGGCGCCCGUGCCCCUGCACGAGGUGCUGCCUGACGCCUCUCCCCAGGCCUUGGACCUCCUGGCCCAGUUCCUCCUCUACCCCUCUCGCAGACGCAUUGCUGCCUCCCAGGCCCUCCUGCACCAGUACUUCUUCACAGCACCCCUGCCUGCACACCCCUCAGAGCUGCCGAUACCCCAGCGCCCAGGAGGACCUGCCCCCAAGGCCCACCCCGGCCCCCCACAUGUCCGUGACUUCCAUGUGAAUCGACCACUCGAGGAAUCGCUGUUAAAUCCAGAACUGAUCCGGCCCUUCAUCCCAGAGGGUUGAGGUGACCCUCGUACCUGCCUUCAGGACCAUAGGACUUCUCUUCCUCUGCUUUGUCUGGCUGGACCAUCCAUGGCUUCUCCAAGGUGGUACCUGCUCCCUCUGUACCUGCUCCCACUCCUGUUCCCAGCCAGACCAGGACAGCAUCGGACCCCAGUGAAGCAGCACAUGCAGCUUCCUGCCUGUUCCACUGCCGGUCAGAAGAGGGAGCUUGCUUCUGCGCAGAGACCACUCAAACCAAGGGCAGGACCUGUGUGUGCUGGUUCCUCAGACACAGCCUUCCUGCUUCGGAGCCAUUCUGAUGGAGCCACAUGGGGACAGGGAGAGGUCUGACUCCGACAUAUCUUUAAAGAUGCUUUUAGAAUCGGGGCCGGGCAGUUGGUGCACCUGGUUGAGCUCCCGUGCUAAGAGUGCACAAGGACCCUGGUUAGAGCCCCCAGCCCCCACCUGCAGGGGAAAAACUUUGCAAGUGGUGAAGCAGGGCUGCAGGUAUCUCUCUGUCUCUCUUCCUCUCUGUCUCCCCCUUCCCUCUAAGUUUCUAUCUCCACCCAAUAAAUAAAUAAAGAUAUUUUAAAUUUUUUUUAAUUAAAAAAGAUGUUUUUCAAAUUUGA